AUGAAGUUCGCCAUUCUUACAUUCUUUUUUGUCCUUCCCAUUGCAUUUGCUAAACUCGAGAUUGGAUUCUAUGCCCCAACCUGCCCAACAGCAGAGGAAAUUGUUCAUCAAGUGGUUCAAAGGAAUUUCAAAAGUCAAAAAAACAUUACAGGAGCCCUGCUUCGAAUGCACUUUCAUGACUGUUUUGUCAGAGGUUGUGAUGCCUCAAUAUUAAUAGACCCAACAGAGGGCAACAAAUCAGAGAAAGAUGCACCUGCAAAUAAAAGCGUAAGGGGAUAUGAACUUAUUGAUGAAAUAAAGAAAGCCUUGGAAAAAGAAUGCCCUUCAACGGUUUCAUGUGCUGAUAUCAUAACACUUGCAACAAGAGAUGUUGUGGCUAUGGCCGGAGGACCAAGAUAUAGUGUUCUCACUGGUAGGCGUGAUGGGUUGGUAUCCAAUUCUUCUGAAGUGAACAUUCUAGGACCAGAUUCUACAGUGCCAGAGGCAUUGAAAUCUUUUGUCGAAAAGAACAUGACACUGAGUGAAAUGAUUACCCUUUUGGGAGCACACACUGUUGGUUCUGCUCACUGCAAUUUCAUUCAAACGAGACUCUCUAUUCUUCCAAUAGAUCCUGUUUUGCAUGCUAAGCUCAUGCAGAUAUGUGGGCCAGCCAAUACAAGCAAGGAUCACACAGUGUUUUUGGAUCAAAACACUUCUUUUGUGUUUGACAACGAGUUCUACAACCAAAUCCUUUUGAAAAGAGGGGUGCUUUUCAUUGAUCAGCAACUUGCUUUGGAUCCUUCCUCGAGUGGCUUAGUCUCAACUCUUGCUCAAAAUGAUGCAGAUUUUCAGCAAAGCUUUGCGGAUGCUAUAAUAAAGAUGGGAAGCAUUGAUGUUUUGGUUGGAAAAGAUGGAGAGAUUAGAAAAAACUGCAGGGUUUUUAAUAGUGGUUAA